AUGGAAAACGGGAGAUACAAAAGCGAGUUUGGCUACGAGUUAGAGACGUAUAAAUGGAAACCAGUCGGUGAAGCUAAAUUUGUUCUCUACAUAAGUCACGGAUACGGCGGCCGUGGAGCAGAGCUCAGCUACACCCGAGAGUUAAUUCCGAAGAUGUUAGACUUGGGAGGAAUAGUUUACAGUCACGAUCACUAUGCUCACGGGAAAUCCGGACCCUUUGAAAGAACCCACCGGGAUCGUUGUCAACUCAAGAGCUUCGAUGAAUCUGCGAGAGAUCUUUUUGCGAGAAUCGAGGCUUCUAAAGAGGAACAUCCACAGCUACCAGUUAUAGUGAUGGGAACGUCUCUCGGUGGAUUGCUGAGCCUGAUUGCAAUUAAAAAUGAUAAUCUUAAAAUCGAUUGCCUUGUGCUUCUUGCUCCGGCUGUAGAGGUUUCGAAAACAACUGCGCCUUCAUGGCUAAGAGUUGUUGGAAGAAUUGCGAGUUGCUGUUGUCCUUCAUUAAAAACUCCGAAAGACCGUGAUAAUAAUUUAGUCACGAGAAAUAAGAUCCUCCAAAAAGCGAUUGAAGAAGAAGACGCGGUUUAUGGACCAAAUGGAGGUUACAGUUUAGAUUUUGGAGUUCGAUUUCUCGAUGCUCAAGAGGACGUCCGACGAUGGAUCAAAGCAGGAUUGUUUCCAAAGAACAUUUCGCUCGCGAUUUUUACUGGAACAGAUGACCAAGUAAUCACUCCCAAAGGGUCUUAUUUCUUGGAGAAGUAUAUUGACGGAGCCAGAUUGUACACUUAUGAAGGAGCCUAUCAUUCGCUCGUCAACGAGUUGCCAGAUACUACCGAGAAGUUUUACAAAGACUUUAUCAAUGUUAUUAAUUUGGCCAUUGAUAAACAAUAA